ACAUUUUUUUCUAGAAUAAUUUCUCAUAAAACCUCAGUGCGUUAUUGCCCCAAACAGACUCCUUUAUAUGGCUGCAGGUAGAAGAUAUGACUCGGGAAGGAUAUAUCUAUAUAUUUUGUACGAAUGCAUCAAAUUAUGAGAAGUAGUAGCUUGUUAACUCAGUUAUGCUUUUCGUCUCUCAUGACGUUUGGACGCGCUCUUUGUUUCUUUUGUUUGUGUAAGUAAUAACGUAUGAAGUUUGUCUCCUAGGUGUAUAAGGAUUUGUCAGCGAUUGGUCCGUAGUAGCCUCACACAGCAGUCAUGGUGUUGAUACUGGGACGACGUGCGAACCGAGAGGAUCCAGCAGUCGUACGUGACUUGCCUGCGGUCAAGCGUAAAGUAUUUGAGAUGGACCCCAAGAACGUGGACGACACCAUGGAUUUCUCCUCAGGCUCGUCACAUGCCGAGAGUGUGCUGCACAUCUUUGAUGAGUUUCGCGCGAAUCGCCUGUUCACAGAUGUUGUGAUUGGUGUGCAGGGACGAGAGUUUCCAUGCCACCGGGCCAUGCUCUCUGCCUGCAGCGUCUACUUCAGGGCCAUGUUCGGCAAUGACCACCUCGAGAGCCGGCAGACCCUGGUGGAGAUCAGUGGUGUCCAGGCCGAUGCCAUGGAAGUCUUGCUGCAGUAUGUCUACACAGGCCGUGCCACAAUUACCACACAAAACGUGCAGUAUCUUUUUGAGACAUCCAGCCUCUUCCAGAUUGGAGCUCUGCGGGACGCCUGCGCCAAAUUCCUGGAGGACCAGCUGGAUCCGUGUAACUGCCUCGGGAUGCAGCGCUUUGCCGAGGUGCACUCACUCAAGCAGCUGGCAGGCCGCUGUCGAGGCUACGCGCUGCAGUAUUUUCCAGAGGUGGCACAGCAUGAGGAGUUCCUGGAUUUGCGCAAAGAGGAGCUGGAGGAGUACAUAGCGAGCGAGGAGCUGAGCAUCAGCAGGGAAGAAGUAGUGUUCGAGGCUGUCAUGAGGUGGGUCUACCACAGCAUGGAGUACCGAAGGCCAAUGCUGAAGGAGCUUCUCCAGCACGUCCGGCUGCCACUACUGCACCCCAACUACUUUGUACAGACGGUGGAGGGAGAUCAGCUGAUCCAGAACGCUCCUGAGUGUUAUCAGCUCCUGCACGAGGCCCGACGCUACCACGUGCUCGGCAAUGAGAUGAUGUCACCUCGCACCAGGCCACGCAGGUCGACAGGGUUUUCAGAAGUCAUCGUGGUGGUUGGAGGCUGUGAGAGGGCAGGAGGCUUUAACCUGCCCUACACAGAUUGUUAUGACCCUGUUACAGGCGAAUGGAAAUCACUGGCCAAGCACCCGGAGUUUACAAAGUCAGAGUAUGGGGUGUGUGCCCUGCGCAAUGACAUCCUGGUCUCAGGGGGACGCAUCAACAGUAGUUAUGUGUGGAUGUACAACUCUCAGCUGAACCUGUGGAUCAGGGUGGCGUCGCUCAACAAGGGCCGCUGGAGACAUAAGAUGUCUGUUCUGCUUGGAAAGGCAUACGCAGUCGGAGGAUAUGAUGGUCAGAGUUGCCUCAGCAAUGUGGAAGUCUAUGACUCUUUCUCUAACCGCUGGACGGAGGUGGCUCCUCUGAAGGAGGCUGUAAGCUCUCCAGCUGUGGUCAGCUGUGCUGGGAGACUGUUCGUCAUCGGAGGAGAACCAGACGAGAGCAGCUGCACAGAUAAGGUACAGUGUUAUGACCCAGAGACAAACAACUGGCUGCUGCGCUCCAACUUUCCCAUGUGUAAGCGCAACAUCACGGCCGUGUCUCUGAACAGUCUGGUGUACGUGUGCGGUGGUCUCUCCAAAUGCAUCUACUGCUACGACCCGGCGCAGGACUUCUGGAUGCCUGUGGUCAACGUCUUCAGCAGACAGGAAUGCUGCGGCAUGUCGGUGUGUAAUGGAAAGAUCUUCAUCCUGGGUGGGCGGGGAGAGAACGGCGUGGCCUCUGACAGCAUCAUGUGCUACGACCCUGCCUCCGGCAUUAUGACGGGUGUUGCUGCCAUGCCCCGCCCCAUUUCCUGUCACGGCUGCAUCACUAUACACCGUUUCAAUGAGAAGCCGCAUCGGACCUGAGUAACACUCUGUACACACGUACACACGUACACACACACAGACACACACACACACACACACAAUACAAACACAGCAGGAUCUGUUAAAACACUAAAAUCAACCAUCUGGGCUGGACUGAUGAACAGAUGAGAUGACUAUGUUUUGUGCAGCUUUUCUUCAAUUUGAUUCAACAAUCUUUAAUCUUUAUAAAGAGGUGAUCUCCUGCUUUCAUGAUACUCAAUGACAAAAAAAAAAUUCUCACAAUUUUCUUACCCAAGUAGUCCACCUCCUCUAUUUCCAUCCUGUCUCUUAUUUUUCUGUCUUUGUUUAUACAUAGUUCUCACAUCUUCGUCACAAACCAUGAGACCUAGUUGGAGGCACUUUGUGGCUAUUGGCCACUGCACCUGAAAGGCAGGUUUAGACCAGUGUCAGAUGUGCAGCUACUGUAGGUUGGUGCCCUUUUUUUUUUCUUCUAGAUUGAAUGCUUGGAAGACCUACGCUUGAGCAGAAGUGCAAGGUGGUUGCUAUGGUGAACAGAGCUGCAUUAUUCCUGCUUAUUCCAAAGAAACCAGAUGUACAACAACGCACACUGUUACUAAACCACAUCACAGGACCAUACUCGUCCAAAUAUUCUUCUCUUUAAGCCAAAUCCAAAAUGACUGCCAAUGUUUGACUAUCGAAGUACAAAAACUUAUGAAUUUACAUAAAUCUAUUUUCUUUGGGAUGAUGAUGUAAAAAUCUGCAAAAAUGAAAAAUUUUUUCGUGAAUGAUUUUUUUAUUCGUUAUAAUGUCUUUAUGCCUUUUAGUCUAAAAGCCUUUUAGCCUUUUUAUCUGCGAUAAAAACAUCAGGCACGUUUUUGGUGUUCAGCGUGUGUAAGAGUGCAGUGGACCAGAGCACAUGAUUUUGGUGUCAUGGCUUUUCUACUUUGUAAUGAGAAACAGAUUACAAAUACAAAUGCCACACUUGAAAUCAACACUACACCUUUAGUUGAAAGUGAAAUAGAGUUCUUGUCAUGGUCUCUUAAAAAGGCGAAAGCAAAUUAUUUAUCUUUAGCUACAGUAUAUAGGUGGUUAAAUUGUUGUGUAUUAUUUGGGACCGCUAGCCUGUACAGUGCAAAUGAGCCUCCAUAACUGUAACUGGACACAAACAUCAACAUAUGAACAGAAUUUAAUUUGCAUAGGAUGCUGUUGAUAGAACUGACCAGCUCUAUUAGUGUAUUUUGCUGUGAGUUAGCAUUAAAUCCACCUAGCCACGCAAGCUAGCUAUCUGUAUCGGCUCAUUGAAUAAACCCAAUGGAAACAUUUUGAGUCAAGUUAUGAGGCCCAAAUGGCUCCAGAAUGUGACACAGUUUAUCAAAAGGCAAUGUGUUAAAUGAUCAAAACUUACAAAGCUAUUUAAAGCUUCUCCAUAAAGAUGCCCAAAGAAAAGGAGUUGCCCAUAUGUGUGACAUCAUAUGAUAAAUAUUUAAUUUUUUGCCUAUUUUUAACCCAAGACGUCUCACUGUUAUCUUUUUUCCUAUUUUGUUUUUACUUGCUCUGUUUUAGUUAUUUCUAUCAUAUUCUUCCUCUUUAUUCAUUACUGUAUUGUUUUCUUUUGUCUGUCUUUUUUUUUAGUAUAAGAAUGUACAUCACAUCAUCCCCGAUUUGCAAUGUGUGCAUUUCUAAUGGAACACGUAGCACCACGCUUAACACUCCUGCAACACUUUCAUGGUAUUCUGAGCUUCUAUACACAACAGUAGCAGUGACAGUCAUAUAUAAACAAACUGCUCUGUUAGUGAUUCAUUCAAAAACUUUUCAUAUGUUUUUUUGACUUGCUGUUAUGUAGCAUGAUAUUACUCACUUUUCUAUUAAUCUUUUCAUUUUUAACAAUCAAUUCUGAAUCAUUUAUUAAUCCUACAUUAUGCAUUUAUAUUUGUAUUUAAUACUAUUUUAAUAUUUUAUUAUAUGUAUUGUUAUUGCUAUUGUAUUUUGCAUUGUAAGAAAGUACCAUACCAUGUAACCAAUAGAUGACCAGUGUCAAAAUGUGUUAAUUUUAACACUCGUUUUUGUUUUCCCUUUUUUUUUCACAUAAUAUUAAUUUUGAAAUCUGUAUGGGUUUCUUCUUCUAACUGAUAGACGUAAAACCGUUGGCACGCACAGCGCAGUUCUUUAUUGAAACUGUAUCAAAUGUGAUCACGUGGCCAAUACACAGAGGCAGACUUUUGUGAAUUAAGUGGUAUAUUUGCUGUGAAACUUUACUUUUUUUUUUUUUUUUUUUUUUUUUAAGCGUGACUGUGUCUAUAACCUGUGUGUGUGUGUGUGUGUGUGUGUGUGUGUUUAAAAGGAACCCCAAUCAUGCACUUAAUGUCAUGUUAAUAUGUGUGUGUCAUUGUUAGUGCUAUGAUAUCUUGAUGUAAAUAAGUUGUUUUCUAUUUGGGUAUUUUUUUAACUGUGAUAUAUUAUUAACACAUUUUAUACGUGUGUGUGUACUGUAAGCCACUUUGCUUGACUUGUUUUUUUUUUAAACUAGCACCCUUUUUAUUUUAAUUUUAGAAUUUCUAACUAUAUAACAAAAUUCACACUAAGCAAACAAUGUGAAUUCUGUCAUUUUUCUUGUGUUGUUUAUAUCAUAGUUAUGGUAUAAUAGCACUGCUGCUUGAAAAUAAUACCUCAAGCAGCUUUAACUUUUUUCACAGUCCCUGCAGGUUUAGAGGAAUAAGGUGUCAAAGUGUUUGGUGGGCGUCAAGUUAUUUUUUGAUUAUUGGUUACUUGCAUUCUGAGCUGUGUUUCUGCAUUUUCUUAGAGAACUAAAAUGAAAAACAAAUGCUUAGAAUCACAUAAUUUCAACAGACAACCGUUCUUGUAAAAUGUCAGAAGUGAACAUAAUCAUUACCAGAGCCAAGUGUCAGUUUGAUUUAUUUAGAGGAAUCCCAGCACAUUUUUGCUAAUUCUUGGCACAUGCUUUUGCCCCAAAUUUGGUGUGUGUGCGUGUGCCCUUAUGCACAUAAAAAAAAUAUGCAGAAUUUUGUUGAACUUCUACUCAGAACUGAGUCAAUGGGUGGAUUACCUAGAUGCCUGGUUAGACCAUUUAAAUAAUGUAAUAACCAUGUUAAUAGAUGUAAGAAUUUGUUUAGCAUUAAGAAAAAAAAAAUCAUUUCUAUGUGACAAUGGAUUCAGUGCAACAGGUUACGUGAUGUUAAGUACAGUGAUGCGUAGCCUCAAGUGUAGAAAUUGAGUUUUCCAUUUUUUACUUUAGGUCCAUGUACAGUAUAUAAAG